AUGAAAUUCUUUGUGGUAGCGGUAUCCCUGUUCGCCGUGGCACUGUCCGCACCGUCCAGUCCUGACGCAGCGCUCGAGGCGCGUCGGAGACUACCAGCUCUGGAGCACGAGGAGGUUCACGACGAGUUCGGUCAGUUCGCGCUCCGGUACGUCACGGCCGAGGGUACAGUCGUGUCCGAGAGGGGCCGGCUCGUGCCUGACCACGAGGGCACCGGCUACGUCAUGAUCAUUGAGGGCGAGACCACCUACAUCGGCGAUGAUGGCAAGACCUACGUCACUAAGUACACCGCUGGCCUCGACGGUACCCACGUCGAAGGCAACCACCUCCCAGUGCCCGUCACCCCUGAGCCUGUUCCUGCUGUGGAGCCCAUCGUGGCUCCUGAAGCCCAAGUCGUUGCCAAACCAGUAGAGUAUGUAAUUGAGCCUUUCAACAACGUUGUUACCAAGUUGCAUUAAAAUAAUAAAUUUUGUCAUAAACUUUA